CAAAGCAUAUAUAAUUUACAGGUGGCCCAUUCCUUCCAUUGUUUCUGAUUGAGCUCACGAAAGCCGCCACCACCACCACUAUCAUCACCAUCUCCAUUUUUUGCGUAUUUAAACAGAAACUUGAUUAGUUUCUGUGGCUGUUGAUGUUGUAGUCUCCUUCGUUGCUGUAGUUAAUGGGGUCCUCUCUGUAAUGCGCCUCUCGGAUUGAAGAGGGAGGAAAGUUGAUUUGGUUCCUUAAAGUUGAAGCUUUCUUUUGUUAAUUCGACAUGGGAAUCGGCAGAACUCAAAAGGCCGUUGCCAAUGGCGUUUCCACCAGAUGGGUUGCUCUCUUCUGCAUCGCCAGCUUUUUGUUGGGUGUUAGUGUUGUCGAUAGGUUUUGGUCUAUUCCUGAUCCAGUCAAAAUGGAUGAGGGAGCUUCUUCCACGGAAGAACAUCAAUCAAAAGCACUUCACCCCAUAGUUAAUUGUGAGAAGAAGGAUGCCUCUGUACAGGAGGGCGAUAUCCUUUCUCAGGUCUCUCAAACUCAUGAUGUAAUCUUGACACUAGACAGAACAAUCUCUUCAUUGGAAAUGCAGCUAGCUGCAGCAAGAGCUGCCAAAGCUGACAGUGAGGUAGGAUCUCCAACAGUUACACAAUCAGGAACUGAGCAGUUGAAGGACCGGCAGAAGGUUUUCUUUGUGAUGGGAAUAAUUACAGCAUUCAGCAGCAGAAAACGACGGGACUCAAUCAGAGAAACUUGGAUGCCAAAAGGCGACGAGUUGAAGAAGUUGGAGAAGGAGAAGGGAAUUAUAAUACGAUUUGUUAUAGGACACAGUGCAACUCCUGGUGGUGUCUUGGAUCGGGCUAUUGAAGCAGAAGAAGAGCAGCACAAGGAUUUCUUGCGAUUGAAUCACAUCGAGGGCUAUCAUGAAUUGUCUUCAAAAACUCAAAUAUACUUCUCAACUGCUGUGGCUAAGUGGGAUGCUGAUUUCUACAUCAAAGUUGAUGAUGAUGUCCACAUUAAUCUCGGGAUGGUUGGUUCCACUUUGGCCCGUCACAGAUCAAAACCGCGUAUUUAUAUUGGUUGUAUGAAGUCUGGACCCGUCCUAGCACAGAAAGGGGUUAAGUACCAUGAACCAGAAUACUGGAAAUUCGGUGAGGAGGGAAAUAAGUAUUUUAGGCAUGCGACAGGGCAAAUAUAUGCAAUCUCCAAAGAUUUGGCAACCUAUAUUUCAGUAAACCGGCACAUACUUCAUAGGUAUGCAAAUGAGGAUGUUUCCCUGGGUUCUUGGUUUAUUGGUCUCGAUGUAGAGCAUAUCGAUGAUAGAAGCCUCUGCUGUGGAACACCCAUGGAUUGUGAGUGGAAAGCCCAAGCGGGCAACCCCUGUGCAGCAUCGUUUGACUGGAGCUGCAGUGGCAUUUGCAAGUCUGUGGAGAGAAUGGAUGAAGUGCACCAGCGGUGUGGGGAAGGUGACGGAGCUAUCUGGCAUACAAGCUUCUGAAACAUGACAUAUGAUGAAUGUAAAUUGAUUAUGUUAGAUCAAACCCUUUGUCGAUACAGUGCCAUCUGCCCGAAUUUUGGUUGUUUGUUGCCUCGGGACAGCUGGUACAUGAUUAAACGAAAUCAAUGAAGAGAAAAUAUGGAUUCUCUUUUGCGAAAAGAGAAGUUAAAGUGAUUUCCCAUGGAUGAAAUUCCAUUUCCAUGUAUUAUAUUAUCGUGCUCCCGAUGCACCAUGCCUUAAAAAGCAAUUAUCGAGUA